AUGGCGGCAUCUGAGGAUGAGGACUAUGUGCCAUUUGCGGACGAGGACUUUGUUGCAUAUGAGGAUGUGGAGAUUGAGGCAUCUGAUGGUGAGGUGGCUGCGGCAUAUGGGAAUGUGGAGACUGUGGCAUGUGAGUAUGUGGUGACUGCGUCAUCUGAGGGUGAGGACUCUGUGGCAUUUGAUACGGAGACUGAGGCAUCUGAUGAGGCGAGUGAGCCAUGUAAGGUGAAUGCGGAACCUGAUGAGGAUGAGGAUACCCCAUAUGCGGAUGCUGAGCCAUGUGUGGCGAUGGCGGCAUAUGAGGAUGAGGCGACUGUGGCACCUGGUGAUAAGGAGAAUGCGGCAUCUGAGGAUAUGGAGACUGAGCAACUCGAGGUGACUGAUGCUGAACCAUUUGAGGGUGUUGAACCUGAGCCGGAGCUAGAGGUCGUUGAGCCGUUCGAAGUGACUGAGCCACGUGCGGUGAUUGCGGAACUCGUGGUUGUGAAACUCGGGGUGAUUGAGAAGUCUGCAAAGGUUGAACUGCUUUUGAAGCUUCAGCCCCUUCGGAUGGUUGAGGAACUGCUGGUUCAGCUUUUGAAGACUCAACAGCCCCUGAAUGAGUCACCUUGGAGGCCUCAUCGCCCUCAAUUAACUCAACCACCGUAUCAUUCUUCUCCGAAGCAGCCAUCACGACUAUCACAACCCUUCAAUGUAGUAAAGAGAAGCUGA